AUGGAAAAGGCGUCUGAAAUUGCUGAGACUCAUGCCUUAGCAAGAGGACGCCACCCAAUGUACUCCACUAUCUGUCAAGAAAACUCCAUGGGAUGGAAACGUGAUGGAUUAGUUGUAAUUUCUGAUUAUUCACUAGAUUUAUAUUCACCAGAUGGACUUACAUUCAAAAAAGAAUAUGUAUGGCUUGGACUCAUGAAAAUAUCACGUGAAAAAGAGAGAAUCAAGCUAAAAUUCGAACAAGGAAAAAUUCAAUUAGAAUCAUUUACAAAUGCAGCGCAAAUAUACCAAACGAUUGUUUACAACUUACUGAAUCUUUUCACAGUAAAUCAACUAAAUCAAGUCGGAUUAAAUGAAUUUAUUUCAGAGAAACCAAAUCCAUCAAAGAGAGCAUGCUUACUACGCCUAAAGCAAUAUUCCGAGUUAAGACUACUUCCUUAUCCCAAGAAAAUCGAAAAUUUGCUAAAUCGCUUUUUCGUAACUAAUGAAACAAUUAUUCGGAUUCCAGACAAAGACUACAAGAUGCUGUACCUCAAAUACAUAAUGAAAAGUAUAUCAUUCUGCUUACCUUUCAAAGGACUGAUAUUUCCACCGAAUAGAAACGAAAUAAUCGCGGAUUACUUAACAGAAAAGAUCGACAAGAUCAGAUUACUAGAAUUUAUAUCUCUAGAAGGAAAAGCUCGUCAUUUUUGUAAAUUUUUUGACACUUUUUCUCAUGUUGAUGUAACUAAAAUAUGCGGAAUAGAAUUGUCAAACUCAUGUUUACAGCCAAAGCAUAUGGCUUCGCUAUCCAAUUUUUGCGAUGUUAAGUCAAUUGUUUCACUUUCACUUCAUAACGCGUUUUCUCCAGAAACGAAGCUUUCGUUUUACACAAACUUCUUUACAGCAAACAUGAUGAUGAAUUUAGCAUAUUUAAAUCUUGAUAAUACGCCUCAAUUAGAUUUAAUCAAUUUAAUUCCGAAUGUUCCGCGUCUUGUUUACUUUUCUGUUGCCAAUUGUGAUCUUCUUAUUGAAGAUAUCAUCCACAUUACUCAAUUACCUCUUUUAAGAACUCUUGACGUAAGUUUUAAUAAAUGUGACAGAUUUCCACCGAAUGCAAUUCAAUUUCCGAAAUCAUUAACGAAAUUGAAGGCGAGUGGUGUUACUUGGGCUGAAGGAACUCUUGUAAAUAUGUUCAAAGUGAUUUCAUUGAGAAAAGAACUUGGAUUACACAUUGAUUUAUCGAAAGCCAAAGUCCAACAAGAUGAAUUCGAGAAGUUAUCAACAGAAUUUGAUCAAAGCUUGAAUUUUCCGUUGAUUUCUUUAAAUUGGAAUUCAAAUCCAGUUGGAUUUAGUUUUUUCGAGUACCUUCGGAAAUCCACGUGCUUAAAGUCUCUUCAUCUUGAUGGAAUCUUCACGGAAACCUCUCCAGAACUCGAUUUACUUUGUCAUUUCAUCAAAAUUACGACUUCUCUUCAUUAUUUGUCCAUUCAAGGUAGCGAAGAAAGAUUUCUGGCAUCAUCAGUAUCCAAAGUAGUCGCUGCUUUAGCCAAAACUUCGAUAAAAGAAAUUGAUUUAUCGAAUAAUAAAAUUCCUGAUGAAUCAUUAGUGAAAAUUGGUGAUCUAUUCUCUCCGAAAUCGACAUUACAGGUCGUUGCAUGCGAUAAUAAUCAUCCAGCGACGUACGAUUCGAUAGUUACAUUAUUAGAAACGGCAGGAGGCAGUUUAAAGACGAAUUUCCUGUUUCCCAUCGAAGAUUUCAUGGAACUGAAAGCGAAAAACAAAAUUCCGAAAGAAAUUUACGAUCAAACUUUGACAAACUUCAAAAAACCGGAAGAAAUCUCAACAUUUUUGAGCCAAAACAUCAAUAUACCAGAGAAAUCACCAUAUAUAAAGCCAUUCCUUUUAACAACUAAGCGUAAAAAGGAAAAAACUCUUUAUAUUUCUCGAGAAAAAUCAGAUUCAAUGAAAGAUAUUCCAAAAGACAAAUUCCUGACUUCUAGGAUAUGCCAGAGCUCAAGUUUUGCACUGAUGGAUAGCGCAAGUGUAAUAAUUCAGCUUCCAGAGGAUAAAAAAACAAUUUCCCAACAAAUGUCAGAUUUUGUCAGCGAAUAUCAUAUGUCCAACUCUAGAUUGGACAGGUUCUCCACCGAUGAUGAGAUCAGGAAGGUUUCUACUGACGACGAAAUGAAAAAAAUUUCUGAUGACGAAAUUAAAAAAAUUUCAAUGGAUGAUGAAUAUUCUCCAAGGAAGAAAUCAGUCAGAAACUUCGAUUCUGUCCUUAUUUCGCCAAGUAAGAAGAAAACAAAUGAAUUUUCUUUGGAUCAAAUACAAUCUUCUCCGAAAAAGAAGAAAAAACAAGAGCCAGAUAACCAGGAACAAGAACAAAAGAAGAGAGAACGAAAGAAACCAAAAGUUGAAAAACAAAUCGAUGAAAUUCCAAAGAAAACUAAAAAACAAAAGAAAUUAGAGGAAGAAUACGAUGAUGAAGCGGAUAUAAAUGAACAAGAAGUUAUCCAACAGCCUAGAAAGAAGAAGAAUAGAAGAAUAAAGCCAGAAACAGAAGAAAAACUCCAAAUAAAUACAGAAAUUUACAAAAUUAGGAAUAAAACAGCACCAAGUUCACCAACAAAGCAGAGACCACAACAGUUAGUAAUAGAAAAUACUAAUAAUAUGCAGUAUUUCGAAGUUAAAGAAGAAAAUCCAAGAAAUGAGUACAAAUUACGUUCUCCUACAUCACAAAGGAUCAAGAAACAAAGGAGAUCAUCAUAUAAUGAGCCAAACAACCACAAAUCAAAUGAAAUUCCUCAAGAAAAUUAUCCAAAACAAAAUUUGUUCCCAGAACCUUUUGUUUCUGGUGUAGGAAGGGUACAAACACCACCUUAUUCAUAUUCUGAGACAGAAUCCACGUAUUCCUACUAUUCUCGUCCUUAUUCGUAUUCAGUUUCAUAUUCUCCUCAACCUCAUCAUCAUCGGAGCGUCAUUUCCCAUCACCAUCACGAAAAUCAUUCAAGGAGAGACGAAAGAUACUAUCAUAAUGAUGAUUUUCCCCAUCAUAAUGAAAAAAUACCAACAAAAAGUGACAACCAUCACCAAAAUGAAUUUUUAAGGAGAAUACAUGGGGAAAGUCCUCACCAUGAACAUUCUCCACGACACCAGGAGUUUUCACCACACAGGCAAUAUCAAUCUCCACGAAUGAACGAAAUUUCUCCAAGAUAUCAAGAUUAUUCACCACAUAGACAUGAAAUAUCACCACACCACCAUCAUCAUGAUGUUGUCCAUGAACAUAGAUCACAGAGUCUUUCAAAGAGAAGUCCAAGACAACCAGAUUUACCAAAAGUUCCGAAAAUGAGAGCUGCAAAUGAAGAAGACUUAAUGCCAAUCAAUCCUUAUAUGAGAAUAUCAGAUGAAAUAUACGAAAAAGCUAAUAUAUCUCAUCAAAAUGACAAAAGCAGAUUCGAUGAAAUAAUUCAGCCUCCGAAACCAUUGGAAGAGAUGACUGCAAGGCAGAAAUUAGAAGCUUUGAUGGAAAAGAAGGAAGAAAGACCACUUGAAUCUCAUGCUUCUUUCGGAUCAAGAAUAAGAAGAUUAAUGAAUCAAUAUUAA